AUGACCACUGCCCCGGAAAGCACUAAAAGAAUUAGAUUACUGAAUUCAUCAUCAAAAGAUAAUACGACUGCUUUCUAUGGAAUAAAUCAGUUUUCUCACCUGUUUCCUGAAGAGUUCAAAGCUAUUUACUUAAGAAGCAUACCUCACAAACUUCCCAGAUACAUAAAAGUGCCAAAGGGAAAGGAAAAACCUUUGCCAAAGAAGUUUGACUGGAGGGACAAGAAAGUCAUUGCAGAAGUGAGAAAUCAGCAAACAUGUGGAGGCUGCUGGGCUUUCAGCGUUGUGGGUGGUAUAGAGUCUGCCUAUGCAAUUAAAGGAAAUAACCUGGAAGAACUCAGCGUACAGCAGGUUAUUGACUGUUCAUACAAUAAUUACGGCUGCAGCGGGGGAUCCACUGUUAGUGCUUUGAGCUGGCUGAACCAGACAAAAGUAAAACUUGUGAGAGAUUCAGAAUACAGUUUUAAAGCUCAGACAGGACUGUGCCAUUAUUUUGAUCACUCAGAUUUUGGAGUUUCAAUAACAGGAUUUGCUGCAUAUGACUUCAGUGGCCAGGAAGAAGAAAUGAUGAGGAUGCUUGUUAACUGGGGCCCUUUGGCAGUAACAGUGGAUGCGGUUAGCUGGCAGGAUUAUCUUGGUGGGAUCAUACAGUAUCACUGCUCCAGUGGAAGAGCAAAUCAUGCUGUUCUAAUCACUGGUUUUGACAGAACAGGUAGUAUCCCUUACUGGAUUGUACAGAACUCUUGGGGGUCUACAUGGGGAAUAGAUGGCUAUGUUCGUGUUAAGAUAGGCGGCAAUGUCUGUGGUAUAGCAGAUACAGUUUCAUCAGUAUUUGUUUGACGCAUACUGGCCGAAGACCACAAUUAUCGUUUG